AUGAUAGCAUACCUUUUGUCUGUCAACCUCUCGAAAAGUGCAGCAGCACUCCGUGAAGAACUCGCCGAUAGCGUUCAUUUGGACGAUGCUACCGCAAAGAAAUAUGAGGGGUUGCUGGAGAAAAAAUGGACCAGCGUAGUCAGACUACAGAAGAAGAUUAUGGACCUAGAAUCCCGAAAUGCAGCCCUACAGCAAGAACUCGACUCUGCCACCCCAACGUCGCUUUCUCGAAGAAAUCAAGACCCUGCGUCCUGGCUACCUCGCGCUCCAGCCAGGCAUAGCUUGCAGUCUCACCGAGGGCCGGUCACAUGCGUUGCCUUCCAUCCAAUCUUCUCAUCACUUGCAUCCGGCUCCGAAGAUACCACGAUCAAAAUCUGGGAUUGGGAAUUAGGCGAGCUUGAACGAACCAUAAAGGGCCACACCAGGGCUGUGCUGGACGUGGAUUACGGAGGGCCUCGAGGCGGGACGCUUCUAGCAUCGUGCUCAUCGGAUCUGACAAUUAAGCUAUGGGAUCCUUCGGAUGAAUAUAAAAAUAUUCGAACCCUCCCGGGCCAUGAUCACAGCGUUUCCGCAGUCCGAUUCAUACCUUCAGGUGCCGCGGGUUCUCCGAUGUCAGGAAAUCUCCUAGCAUCCGCAUCGCGCGACAAAACCAUUCGCAUAUGGGAUGUAACAACAGGCUAUUGUGUAAAAACAAUACAGGGUCAUCUUGACUGGGUGCGAGACGUUUUCCCGUCUCCAGAUGGCCGAUUUUUAAUGUCAGGAGGGGAUGAUCGAGUUCCACGGCUAUUGGACGCUUCAUCGGGAGAAACAAAAUCGACGUUUAUUGGCCACGAACACGUCGUUGAAUGCGUCACGAUUGCCCCGGCAGCUAGUUAUCCGCAUCUGGCUGCUCUAGCAGGCCUCAAAAAACCUCCACCGGCAUCUUCAUCAGCUGAAUUCGUUGCCACAGGAUCCCGGGAUAAAACGAUAAAGAUAUGGGACUCCCGUGGCACAUUAAUUAAAACCCUUGUGGGACACGACAAUUGGAUACGAGCACUGGUCUUCCAUCCCGGCGGAAAAUACCUUCUCUCAGUCAGCGACGAUAAAACGCUCCGAUGCUGGGAUCUCUCGCAGGAAUGCAAAUGUGUUCGAACCGUGAGCGAUGCUCACGGGCACUUUGUGAGCUGCAUACGAUGGGCACCAAAUAUCAUCAACGAGAGCGGACUCGUAAGUGGUGAAGGGGGCAUUAAUGGACAAGGUACUCCAAGCAUGAAUGGAGUUUCCAUUUCAACAACGAGCAAGAAGGAAGAUACUGGGGGUGGUGGAAAAAUUCGAUGUGUCAUCGCAACUGGGAGCGUGGAUAUGAACGUGAGAGUCUUCGCGUCCUGA